UUGAAUGAGUGAACGCGCAGCGCGGGACUCGAGCUGUUUGGAAGUUGACAGACCUAAACAUGAAACUGUUUUACUACUUGCUGAAAGAUGUCACGCACAAAAUCGAAUAUUAUUCAAGGUUUUCGCCCUCACCGAUGUCAAUCAAGCAAUUCCUGGAUUUUGGCAGGGAAAAUGCAUGUGAAAAAACCUCCUACAUGUUUCUGCGGAAAGAACUGGCAGUGAGGUUGGCCAAUACGAUGAGGGAAGUUACCUUGUUGCCCCCCAAUCUUCAGAGCCAGCCGUCCGUCAAACUGGUGGAGUCCUGGUACAGCAGGAGCUUUGAAGAGCUGUUAGAAUACGAGACAAGAAGUCCAGAAGAUCCCCACACCCUUAAUGACUUCCUAGAGAUCCUGAUUAAGAUUCGGAACAGGCACAAUGACGUGGUGCCCACCAUGGCCCAGGGUGUCAUCGAAUAUAAAGAGAAGUUUGGUUUCGACCCCUUCAUCAGCAGCAAUGUGCAGUACUUCCUUGACCGCUUCUACACCAAUCGCAUUUCUUUCCGCAUGCUCAUCAACCAGCACACUCUUCUGUUUGGCGAUGCCACUUUUCUUGCACAACCAAAACACAUCGGAAGCAUCGACCCAGCCUGCAAUGUUGCUGAAGUGGUGAGAGAUGCAUAUGAGACAGCAAAGAUGCUUUGUGAGCAGUACUACAUGAUGGCACCUGAACUAAAGAUCGGGGAAUUCAACUCCAAAACCCCAAAGAAGCCUAUACAGGUGGUCUAUGUGCCCUCUCAUCUUUUCCACAUGCUGUUUGAGCUCUUCAAGAAUUCCAUGCGGGCAACGGUAGAGCUCUAUGAAAACAACAGUGAGGGUCUUUCUCCAGUGAAAGCAAUGGUAACUCUGGGAAAAGAAGACCUCUCCAUAAAGAUCAGUGAUAAAGGUGGGGGUGUCCCUUUACGAAAGAUUGAUCGUCUCUUCAAUUAUAUGUAUUCCACUGCCCCAAUACCACGUCUGGACUCCUCUCAAGCUGCUGUCCCACUGGCUGGAUUUGGCUAUGGGUUGCCAAUCUCCAGACUCUAUGCGCGCUACUUUCAGGGAGACUUGAACUUGUACUCGAUUGAAGGGCUCGGGACAGAUGCAGUAAUUCAUCUUAAGGCUCUUUCGAGUGAAUCUUAUGAGCGUCUUCCAGUCUUCAAUAAGUCAGCAUGGCGACAUUACCAGACAGGUCCUGAGGCUGAUGACUGGAGUAACCCGAGCAGUGACCCACGAGAUGCAUCCACAUAUAAAGCCAAAAAAUGACUUUAGUAUAGCUGCUGCAGUAACUAGUAAUGAACUGCUUACAGCUGCCAAGCUAUACUGAACACUGCCAGAUAAGGAAAUUUGAUUCUAGGCCUUUUUAGUACUUGCUUACUACCACUUCUAACUGUCUGAAAAUAAUACAUUAAGUCGUGACGUAAGGAAUGGUGUUUCCGGGUGCAAGCCUCUACUCGUUUCACUUGAGAAUACUAUCUCAACAGCCAUUUAUAGCCUAUUUAUUCAUAUUGCACGUUUAAGAUAAGCAUUUAAAAACUUAGUGUACACUACAGUCUCUGUGUAGUCUC